UUUCUUUCCUCUUCUUUUUAAGCGCGUUCUUCAUUUCUAUGGAUAUUCUUCAUUGCACUCUCUUCUUCCUCUUCUUAGUUCUGUCUGCAACAAUUUUAGAUUCAGAAUCUGUUACAGAACGUCCUCUCUCCAUCGGUUCUGCUGUACCAGAGAAAAUAACAAGUCUUUGUUGUAGUGUGUGUGUGUGUUUUGAGAUUGUGAAUGGGGGCCCCAAAGCAGAGGUGGACAUCUGAAGAAGAAGAAGCUCUUAGAGCUGGAGUACACAAACAUGGAACUGGAAAAUGGCGGACUAUACUCUCUGAUCCUGAGUUUGGCUCAGUUUUGAAGUCCCGCUCAAAUGUGGAUCUCAAGGAUAAAUGGAGAAACAUAAGUGCACAACAUGGAUCAAGGAGGAAGGCUAAGCUUGCUCUCAACAGAACUCCUUCGUCUGGUGCUAAUCAGGUUGCUGACAACACAACAGCUCUGGCUAAUGGUGAUAAUGCACAACAACACAUUGAUCCGACACCUCCUCCUCCUCCUGUUCCUUUUACAGGACCCUUUACAAGUGAGGAUGUGAUUAUCUUUGAGGCCAUUACCAACUGGAAGAAACCGUCUGGUCCUAACAAAAAAUCGAUCUGGCGGUAUAUAGAGGACAAUUUCCAAAUGGAACCGAGUAAGAAACUACAUGUGACUUCAAGACUAAUGCAUUUGUCAAAUGUUGGAGCGUUAAUUAAGACAAAGCACAGAUACAGGAUCUCUCCCAACUUUAUGGCUGCAGCAGCAAAUCUAACGUCUCAAAGACCUGAGGAGGAUGGCGUCAGAGAUCCUACUCAAUCCCGUGUAGAUGGAGAGUUGAUAAUUGGCAUGACAGUACAAGAAGCUGCUGUAGCCGCCGCAAGAGCAGUGGCGGAAGCAGAUUUUGCAGCCGCGGAAUCUGAAGAAGCGACAAGAGAGGCAGAUGAAGCAGAAGCUCUAGCUGACGCUGCCGUUGUUUUUGCACAAGCGAUGCUCGAAACUUUGAAUUUAUACGAUGCGUAGCCAAAACUCGGUAAAGGAUUAAGAAGAAACCAUUGACGGUGUAAGCUUAGAUCCUUCUCAAACAGAUACUGGAGCGCGCGCAAUGUCAAAGUUUCAAAACUUGCAGUCUUUUCUUAGUUAGUAACAGUGUAAAACUCAGCUGCUUGUAACUCAAAAGGAUUAUGUAAAACCUCAUUUUAUUUUUCUAUGUUGAUCUGUUUUUUGCUAGUAACUUCACAGGUUUCUUGUAACCCAUUUUGAAACUGGUCUCAAGAGAAAUCACUAAGAUCUUUGAUCAAAAUCACCGCUUGUUUCC